AUGUACAAAAUGGGUCAUGAAAAGUGUGAAUCUAUCUUGAAAGGUUUCAAACUAAAUUGGAUGAACUUGCGCGAUGCAGAUUCUGGAAAAAUUCUGUGGCAAAGCACCGAUGAUUUUUCAGUUCCUGACGUAGAACACGAAGCGCACGUUCCAAGGAAAAUUCUUAAAUGCAAAUCAGUUUCUCGCGAAAUCAAUUUUUCCUCAAAAGAGCAGUUGGAAAAUUUCUGGCUUGAACAAGAGGUAUUUCUUAGAGACCAAUCAAUUGAAAACUGGAGUUUUGAAUUUGGUUUCGUAAUACCAGGUUCUACAAAUACAUGGCAGUCGUUAAUACAGUCCGACUCAGCUGAUCGAAUGAUUCCGGCUAAAGUAUUAAGUGGUAAUGUUGUUAUUGUGACACAUUUCUAUGAUGGUGACCUUUUAGUAAGCAAAUCUAAAGUGCGAAUAUUUUACGUUUAGAUGACGCAUUUUUUCUACAUUGAAAACAUCCUUUAAACAAAUCAAAAGUCCAGGUGUAAAACAAUUGUUUGUCAUUCACAUAUUACUCUUAAAACCAUUUAGAGCAUUUUUUGAAAGAUACUUUUCAGUCUAUUUACAUUUCAGUAUAUACAAAGCUUAUUUUGCCUUUAGCUCAAUUUCACCAUUAACAUUGUGUGUCUAUAUAUGCUCUAUAUUUCUAACUACCCAUGUUAAUGUAACUAAAGUAUGAUUUUAUUCAAUUCUCAUAGCUCCUUGAAUAACUUUCCUCAUCUUUUGUACGCAUUGUUUAUUACCUCUUCUCUUCUAUUUAUCAUAAUUGCUUCCCAGGAUAAAGCUUUACAACUCUUUUUAUAACAC